AUGCCAUUCUGGGAACCAGCAUAUGGCUCCAGCCAGUCUGUGAUGUAUUCGCUCGCGGACUCGUUGAGCUAUGCGCGUGCAAGAUUUCCUCGGUCUCAGGGCGAGAAGGGGUGGUCUGACUAUCUGGGGACGGCGCAACCAGGCGCACCUGGGAACCUCACCCUCGUCGCCGAGCCACCACUCUUCUACAUCUACCGGCAUCAGCUAUAUCAAUACACAAACGACUCCAGCAUCCUACCCAUCCAAGCCGCGAAUGUUACCGGCAUGCCGAACGAGCCGCUGCAGCUCGUUGCAGCGGACUCGGACGCGCGCGCGUUAACGGGAGGAACCUGGCGCUGGGCGGGCACGCGACUCAUCUACGACCACUACGGGCGAACGAAUCGCGGGACGUACUACGCGUGCGCGACGGAGGGUGGGGGCAGUGGCGUGUUCAUGAAUAUGCAGCCAGGCAAUCCACCGAAGGGAUGCGCGGUAUUUCAGGUCAUUCACGAGGUGCAGAAAGCGGAGGAGGAUAGUGUAUAG